AUGAAUCGCAGUAAGACCGACGAUGAAUCUAAUAACGACCCAGAGCCCGACGGUCCAACUGAUAGCCAUAUACUCUCCCAAGUCGACCAGGAUGAAAAAGGUCUAGCUCAAAAGGCCGGCGAGACGGCCGAGAUCACCAAUAUUGGUUGGGGCCACGAACCUGACCAAAUUGAAGAGCCUUUAGUGGCUGGACUUCCUAAUGAAGAUCUAUGGAUGCUCAUCAGACGUUUCGACAAGCAAGUGUACAGAGUCAAGACUAUGCCUGAUGCGCCAUUGCAGAGGCUCGAUCUCACGCGAACGGAUGAUGAUGAGUUCUCGCCAGACAAGCUGAGGGCCACACUCGAACGCUUCUAUAUCACCGUGGUAUACCUUGUAUCAUGGCUGCUGGAUCUCCUUGUUCCAACUAUGCUCGCAACUCUACUGGCCUUGGUCGUCUACCCACCCUGCCGGACAGUGAUGUUCCCACCUGCGCCAAUUGCCCUCGUCAACAAAGACACUGGGGGCGUUCAGAAACCCAAGGCAGGCAUUCUGGGCUCCCAUGAUAGUAUCACUGGGGCACCGGAGAAGUUCAAGGGCGAGGCUGCCGAGCUGGAGGCUAGUAACUUGGUUGCUGGUGUUGCCAGUGUUGCAGUGGGCAGUGCAGUCGGGAAGCAUGACCAGGGUGUACCUGAUGACGCGCCACUUGAGGAUGACCUGCCUGAUGCUAUGGAGAUCGUUGCGGAUACAGCUGACGCACAAAGCGCUGCCCAUGGAAGAGUUCCGUCGGAUUCUCAUGAUAAGACUCGACAGCCGAUGCGACAGAGUGUGAUGGAUGCUGCCAAUUUUGCAAUGCAGGUGGUCAAUGAUAUAACGGAUACCUAUGAGAAGAUGGGGAAUGCACUCUCUGCCACAGCUCCAUUCCCACGACUGAGUCCCCGUCUACGCCUGGCGGCGGUGAUAGGUCCAGCCUGUCUGGCUUCGAUGCUGACAUCUAGUUAUGUACUUGUGAAGUCCAGCACAUUUACUGUUGGCCUAAUUUUCUUCGGUGAUCCUCUCAUUCGCAUCGCAGUCAAGUAUCUUAAUCGACGGUUCCCAAAGUGGCAAAAGGUCAUCGAAUUGCAGAACUCCCUACUCAAAGGUAUCCCGACAAAUGCACAGCUGACCGUCACAUUGCUCCGCAUUGGUGAGGCCAACGCAUCACCACUACCACCGCCCCCGAACUCACAGGAGAAACCUCCUUCACGGCCAGCCUCAUUACAUGAGGAGGAACUCACUCUCGGUGCCACCGGCGAAGAGAUUCAAGAUGCUGCACUGGAAAAGCCAGAUCUUGGUCAGAAUGCUGAGACCGAGCAAACACAAAAACCCCACAAACGGACGGUUGCGUCGGGGAUCCUAGGAUUCUUCCGAGGCACCACAGCCAGCGGCGUAGAGAGCAAAAGAGGCAUCGAUCGUCUGCGAGCCACUGUUGGUUCCCGCCAUGCUCGAAACCGCGUUGGUGUUCUCCGCCACAAAGGAAAGAUGAUCACACCCAUUGGGCCCGUCGCAUUCGACGCCCGACACGAAGGGAAACGCGGCACGGCGAUCAUCGAUUCCACGAAAGAGCCUCCACUGCUCUAUUUCACCACCGAAACUCCAUCCGAGGACGUGCAGGUCGAGCAUCGGAAGGCUGGAUCAGUACUGUUCACGAUGCCGGUGACUGAGAUCCAGGAGAUGAGAAAAUUGGGCGGUAUGGGCUGGAAGGGCAAGCUUGUUGUUGGCUGGGCCCUUGGCAGUAAAGAGGUUGUUGACGGCCUACUCAUCACUGGUACCAAGGGGCAGACAUAUCAGCUCACGGCUAUGGGGACUCGGAACCAGUUGUUCAACCGACUUGUUGCGAUCGACGGACAGGUUUGGGCGACAUGUUGA